UUAGGGCACGCCCAGUUUAAAAGUCCCGAAAUCCUGUUUCUCACUGUAGAACAGCCCAAGAGGAGGACGGUGCUGGUGUGUGCGGAGUGGACGGCGGGGCAGGAGCUGCCUGCCUGUGGACCGCGGGCGGGUGAAGGGCUACCUGGGUACGCGGUGACAGCCUGUCAUGGCCUCUAGGACUGUUGAUGUUUGGAUAAUUUUUCAAAUGCCUCAAUAUGCAUAAAGCAUGGGGUUGAUUAACAAGCUUCUUCCCACCAUUUGCAUGUGUGUUGGAAUAGUGGCUGUUUUAAUCAUUCCAGGAGUUAAACCGACCUCCCACAAACAUGGCAGACGAGGACCUUAUUUUUCGUAUGGAAGGGAUUGAUAAUGCUAGAUCGACUACAGCGAAUUCUGGAAAUUAUCUUGAUGCUGAUAGUGAUGAUGAAGACAAUUAUUUUAUCUGUCCAAUAACUGAUGAUCCAGUUUCUAACAAGUCUGCUAGUAUCAAAGUUGACAAUUAUUAUAGCAACUUAGCAAAAACUGAACAGUACAGUUCAAGCUCUUCUCCUAGAAACUCUUUUAGCUUUAAGAAUGACACACAGCAUCGUUCUAAGCACGGCUCUGUGGUUGACCAUAGUCGGGAAACCUGGAAACAUGCUAUUCAGAAAGCUAAGCACAUGCCUGAUCCGUGGGCAGAAUUUCAUCUUGAGGACAUUGAGAUGGAACAAGCCACUCGUUACAGGUACAAUGCAGUUACUGGGGACUGGGUUGAAGAUGAAGUUCUCAUCAAGAUGGCUUCACAACCUUUUGGCCGUGGAGCAAUGCGAGAGUGUUUCAGAACGAAAAAGCUGUCCAACUUCUUACACACACAGAACUGGAAAGGUGCCUAUAACUAUGUUGCCAAGCAAUACAUAGAGAGUGUGGGCAGGGAUGUGUAUUUUGAGGAUGUCCGACUUCAGAUGGAAGCAAAACUCUGGGGAGAAGAGUACAACCGGCACAAGCCACCAAAACAGGUGGAUAUAGUACAGACCUGUAUUAUCGAAAUGAAGAACAGACCUGGAAAGCCUCUUUUUCAUCUGGAACAUUACAUUGAGGGCAAAUACAUCAAAUACAACUCAAAUUCUGGAUUUGUGCGAGAUGACAAUAUUCGUCUUACUCCGCAAGCCUUCAGUCACUUCACCUUUGAGCGCUCAGGACACCAACUCAUUAUUGUUGAUAUCCAGGGAGUUGGAGAUCUUUACACAGACCCUCAGAUCCAUACAGAGAACGGUACAGAUUUUGGAGAUGGCAACCUAGGUGUUCGAGGUAUGGCCUUGUUCUUUCAUUCUCAUUUCUGCAACAAGAUUUGCAAAAGCAUGGGGCUUGCACCAUUUGAUCUUUCAUCCAAAGAGAAAGAUGCCUUGGAUUGUAAUAAAAAAUUGCUUGAAUCUGCUCAAACAAUUCUCCGUGGCACAGAGGAAAAAUGUGGCAGCAGCCGGGUGAGAACAGUCUCUGGUAGUCGGCCCCCUCUGCUCUUCCGCCUGUCUGAAAACUCAGGAGAUGAAAGCAUGAGCGAUGUAGCAUUUGACUCUCUACCCUGCUCUCCUUCCUCAGCAACCCCUCACAGUCAAAAGAUGGACAUGCUUAAUUGGCCUGUGUUCAAUGAAGUAGAUAACUUGGUUCACAAAGACUAUGAUCAGCUUGAUAACCAAAGGGAUUUUGAAAAUGGUGGAGACAGUGGAUAUCCCAGUGAAAAGAGAAGUGAGCUAGAAGAUCUGGAUCAUAGAGAGAGGGGCCAUUCAAACAACAACCGAAGACAUGAAUCUGAUGAAGACAGUUUGGGAAGCUCUGCAAGGAUCAGUGUGGAGAAAUGGAAUCUCUACAACUCUUCCAGAGUCCACAUCCACAGACCAUCCUGUGUUGCCCAAGAAAUUCAGAGGCUCAAUGCACUAGAACUUGAAAAGAAAAUUGGGAAGUCAGUCCUUGGGAAGGUUCAUUUGGCCAUGGUUCGCUAUCAUGAAGCUGGGCGUUUCUGUGAGAAAGACAAGGAAUGGGAUCAGGAGUCAGCCCUGUUUCACCUGGAGCACGCUGCAGACUGUGGGGAGCUGGAAGCCAUCGUUGGGUUAGGACUCAUGUGCUCUCAGCUGCCACAUCACAUUCUUUCUGAGGUCACUCUGGAGGACACAAGGGAGAAUAGAAAUAAAGGAUUUGAUUACUUGCUGAGAGCAGCAGAAGCUGGAGACCGGCCUUCCAUGAUUCUGGUAGCAAGAGCAUAUGAUACAGGUGUAAAUCUUGGUUCAGACAGAGUACAGGAUUGGAAGGAGGCGCUGUACUGGUACAAUGCUGCACUGAACAUGACCGACUAUGAUGAGGGAGGUGAAUAUGAUGGCACUCAGGAUGAGCCCCGGUAUCUGCUCCUGGCCAGGGAAGCAGAGAUGUUAAUGACAGGAGGGUUCUACCUGAAUAAGGAUCCACAGAAAUCAGGCGAGCUGUACACAGAAGCAGCAGAAGCAGCAAUGGAAGCCAUGAAAGGCAGAUUGGCAAAUCAGUACUACCAAAAAGCAGAAGAGGCUUGGGCGAUGAUGGAAGAAUGACACUGCAAUUAAGCAGUUCUUGUAUAUAAUUUUUUUAUAGACUUGCUGCAUUUGCAGCUGAAAAGAUGUAUUUUUAUGUGAUGUUACCAGUUUCUUUUUUUGUAUUUUAGUUUUCUAAUUUUUUUUUGAGGGGAGAAAUCCAAAUGUAAGUGGUAUGUAGGGUGCCGUAGCGUACUUCUGCUAGUGCUUUAAAGCUGUAAUACAGACACACUUGACUUUUUGUAUUUUUUUUUUUAACUGUAAGAACUGAGGGUCCUAGUUUUUUUGAUGAAAAAUGAAGCUGAUGUUUGUUUAGGUUUCACAUGUCCUGUUUUUUACGCAGCAAACGAUCAGUGUGUUUACAUUUUUCUUCUCCUCCCCACAUACAGAAAAACAUUUUCCUAAAUUCUCAGCAUUUCUUCAUCAUUUUUGGUGUAUCUCACCAAAUUUUCAUGUGAAUGUAUAUUUUUCAAUUUAAGCAUGCAGCUACUCAUUUUAAUAGGUAGUCCCAUUCUAUUACGCUGGUGUCGUUGGGCACUUCUGUUACUCUUCCCAAACGAAUUCCAGAUAGAAUCCUUACAGUUUGGGGAGGGGCGGGGAAGAUGCUUCAGAUUGGCAGUGAGGAUAUUCAGGGUGGAAUAUGUUUUAUUCAUUACCAACACUGCAUAUUUACCAUCAGAAAAUCACUGAUGUUCCUGAUGAGGUGAGGCAUCUAGCUACCUCUCUCAUUUUCACAUUUUGCACCAUAUAAUAAACUAGUUGUAUAAAAUUCUACUGAUCUUAUGAUAUUUGUCCAAUGAUGUACAGUAGCAAGAUCUGUAAUAUAUGGGUAACUUGAAGUUAUUUUUACAGUGACAUCUCAUUUCUUAGUGAAGCUAGAUCAUCUCAUUUAAAAUGAGAAUACACUUUCCACCAUUUCCAGAGCGAUGUUUGAAAAGGUUAGAGGAUGUUGAUUCACCUGUUUCUAUGUAUAGAAAAUAAUUUAUCUGGUUUAGAUAGCUUUUAAAAUAAGUGUUUUAUCUGCAAAUGGUUUCAAACGACAGUUAGAGAAAAUUGCUGGUUAAGAAGAGAAAACAAUAUUAUCCUCAAACACUUGAAUUUCUGUGUCCUGUUUGCAUAAUCCUAACCAGUAAUGGGAGGACAAAAUCAUGGUGGUGGUUGAAUUAUCAUUGCAUAGAGGUAAGUUUCUUCCAAAUCCAGUAUUUUAUUCCGAAGCUCCUGUGCCAUCUAUACGGAUAGUACAGAAGCUGUUCCUAUUUCUUGGUCAUGGUUAACAGUCGUUUCACAGGAGAUUAAGGCGGAAGCUUUUGCCUUCUUGGCCUUACAGUGUCCUGAGGGUGUAAAUUGAUAUGAAUAAGGGGGAGUCCCUGUGAAGUGCUGAAUGACCUAUGAUGCUCACCAGCCUCACUUUAGCCAAGCUUUUAAAAGCAUGCUUAAAACUACGCAGUCUACUAGAUGAUGCAGUUGAUUUAAUUGGGACUUCUUGCAUGCAUAGCCAAGUAAUAUUACUUUCUUGUAAAAUGUAGAACCCAUUCAAGGAACAGAAAUCAGUUCUUCCUUUCCUGUGCGAGUGCCCGUCACUGGGCUCCACAGUUGUGCUCCUCAUUUACUCUCUUUCUGGCAAGUGGAUCUUGAAUUGUUGUUUAAACAGUGUCCAAGCAUGAUGUUAGUAACAACUGCCACUGUCUGAAAGAGGUGAUAUCCUGGUGGUUAAGAAGUGAGAUGGGAAGGUUUGAAUCCUUUCUAGGAGAGAAGGAAAAGUUAUCCUUGGAUGUCAUACUUCUGGGUGGGUGCUGUAACCACCAGGCAGUUGUAGCUGUGAGUAGCCUUGUAACACAUGGCCGCAUCUUCUUGCUGUAUAAUUCAGGGGGUUUGGGAAAGUAGUGCUCAUGGCCGCCUUUUUAUUUUGUGUUUUGUUUUGUUUUGAAGUGAAGGUGAAGUUCUUCAAUCCAACAAUGGAGGAAUGUCUAAUUUCUAGAUCUCAGUUGGACUUAGGUAGAUAUUAAGCUAGGUACUAAAAUAACCAAAUUUUUGGACCCAAUAUGCUGAAAUAGAUCCAGAGUUUGUAGGAUUGCAAGUCAGAUGGAUGUUUUAAGCGCCAAUCCAAAGUUCUGCUUUAGGUGCCUAAAGCCUCUUUUGGAUGUGGCCUUUUUGUUCUUUCAGUUCAUAGCAUUAAAAUAUCAGCUCUCAAUGAAAAGUGAAUGUGCAAUUCACCUCUGAAAACAGCUGAAUAGUUGGAGUGUUUUGUGCAGAACCGAUACAGUGUAGGCACUGUAACAAAUUCAGACGAAAAGAUUUGUUUUCCUGAUGAGGUGUUGAUGCCAGGUCUUUGAGAUUUUUCCUUGAGAAGGAAGCAUGUGUAACAGCACCACCAAUCACGUAGGGAGGAGAGGAGAUUGAAUGUACCCGUCCAAAAUGUGUAUGUAAAGGAUGUAGAGCGUAAUUAUUGACACUUUUUGGUGUAGUUUAAUUUGCUAAAUUCAGUAGUUGCUAAAGUUGCUGACAGUUCUCUGUAGAUCUGGUAUGUAAAUGUGCACACAGCUCAGUGAAAAAGUUAUGAUGAUUAAUCCUUUGUUUGCAAAUACUCUUUUUAGUGACGUAGCCUACCUUCUGUCCUCAGGUGGUAUCAUAUUUAGCUAUACAAUAAAUAGGACUGUCAAUAAUUUGAAAAUGGAAAUUGUUUACAGAAAUAUGCACAACUUAUUCUAUGACAUUCUUUUGAAGAGAAAAACUAUAUAUUUGACAGACUUUUGGAAUUAUAUUGCUAUAUGCUGUAUUUUUAAUCUAUUCACAAUGAAUAAAUAAAAAUGUGUAUUUUUAAAAAAUGUGAAAAUAAAUCUGAGGCUCAGCCUGCCAGAAUUUACCCGGGUUCAGUGUUUCCAGAUGCCAGUGGGAAUAUGGCUUGGGUGAGGACAGUGAGACGCCUUUGUUUGUAUGUCAGACAUGCAAAUACUGAUUGCCUGCAUCACUUAGUCCUCUCAUUCACUUUGUCUGGUUUCAUUCUGGCUGGUCAAUAAAGCUGUUCUUUUUGUCA